AAUGAAUAAGGUGGCUGGCGGCUGGGGCACAUGAUGGUUGACGAAGUAGCAGAGAAGUGCUAUAAUAUAAAAAGGAAAGUAAGGGAUAUGAAAAUAAGAAUGAAUGAAAGGCAUUAGAAAUCAGUGACCGGCGUGAGAGAGCAAAGAUGGUGGUUCUUGGCACCACCUCACCUUCAAUUUCCUGCUUGCCGUCUUCAACUCAAACCGACUACAAGGCGCGUCGAUACUGUUCUUUUCCGCAACGCCCACGCCCACGCCCACGCGCUUCACGUUUCUUUUGCGGAUCCCCUUUCGCUCCAAAUGCCAUCCAUUCUCCUUCUCUGUCUGUGACGAAUGAAGCACUGAAUGUUAUGAUUUCUGGGGCUCCUGCUUCUGGUAAAGGAACCCAGUGCCACCUCAUCACCAACAAGUACGGUUUGGUUCAUAUUGCUGCUGGAGAUUUACUUAGGGCAGAAAUUGCCACUGGAAGUGAUAAUGGAAAGCGAGCCAAACAAUAUAUGGAGAAGGGACAGUUGGUCCCUGACGAAAUUGUUGUGAUGAUGGUUAAGGAGCGUCUCUUGAAACCAGAUUCGAAAGAGAAUGGUUGGCUUUUGGAUGGAUAUCCCAGGAGCUUAUCACAGGCCACUGCACUUGAGGCUCUUGGCUUUCGGCCUCAUAUUUUUCUUCUUCUUGAGGUUUCUGAAGAUGUUCUUGUGGAGAGAGUAGUUGGACGGAGAUUAGAUCCUGUUACCGGCAAGAUAUAUCACUUGAAGUAUUCUCCUCCAGAGACACAAGAAAUAGCCGCAAGGCUUACCCAACGCUUUGAUGAUACAGAAGAAAAGGUGAAAUUGCGAUUGAAUACCCAUCAUCAAAAUGUGGAGUCAGUCCUUUCCAUGUACAAAGACAUAACUGUUAAGAUUAACGGAAAUGUCUCAAAGGAGGAAGUAUUUGCUCAAAUUGAUAGUGCACUGACAAGUCUUAUAGAGGAAAGGAAGGCUGCUUCAGGAUCUGUGGCAGCAUAGAAGACCCAUCUUUUGACAUUUUGAUCUAGCAUGGUGCGUUGCUGGUGGUAGUGGAUUUUAAAUGAUUUAUUUAUAGAGUUAAACAAAAGAGUCUUCACUCAAACUACGCUGCAUUUUCUCGUGAAGAUUGUCUCACGGCUUAUAUCCUCCCAUUUGGAAAGCAAUGUGAUGAUUGGCUUGGACCAUGCAUGAGGACCUGUGAUAGUGUAGUGCGCAGUAUAUUUUACAAAUUUAUUUUUUAUGAGAAAAUGAUUACCUUAAAUUAAAAUCGUUUUUAUGUAAUGACUAGCUUGUAAAUGCAGGAUUUUGUGAAUUAUCGUUUGUUGGUUUCCUGUUACUGCUUGGUCCGUAUGUGGUGUUCUUUACCAUUUUCUGUCCGAAAAUCAGACAUUAGAUCUACCAUAAAAGAGAAUAAUCUAUUCUAUGUUGUUGAUUA